UCUGCAAGAUCCUUGUAGCACAAAUUGAAGUAACAGAUAACACCCUGGUGGACAAUUUGAAUAUGCUUCUCCAACCAUUUAAAUUGUCAUUAAGUUCCAAGUACUCCAAGGCAGUUUUGUACCAUUUGGAAGCCAUCAUAAACCAGUCACUCUACCAAGACUUUGAAAACUGUGUGUUUCAGAAGAAUGGCUCACCAAAGCUUCUAGACCCUCAACAAGCUCGCCAAGCGCAGUUUUCAUCAUUUGUGGCGCUUAGAAAUUUGAGCUGGAAUGAAGUGUUAAGGAAGGGAACAAAGUAUUACUGUGAGGAAUUCAGUAAGUUUUGUGAUCAGAAGAUGAGUUGCAUCAUUACAACACUAAAUUGGACUCGGCCAUGGCCUGAGCAGGUUCUUCAAGCAUUCUUUGUCGCUACCAAAUGCAUUUGGUUGCUUCAUUUGCUUGCAUUUUCAUUCAAUCCACCACUAGGAAUUUUGAGGGUCGAAGAGAAUAGGAGCUUUGAUCCACAUUACAUGGAAGACAUGUUCAUGGAUAGACAAAGAUCGCAUGGUUCAAGCCGAGUUAAGAUUAUGGUAAUGCCAGGGUUUUAUGUUCAGGACAAGGUUUUAAGGUGUAAAGUUCUUUGCAGGUACAAGUCUGCUGGUUCAAUAAGUUGACUCUUUUUCUUUGUUUCAGUUGAUUUUUCUUAGUCAAUCACAAAAGUCUUUCUUAGGAAAAAAAAUUUCCUUUCUAAGGGUUAUCUAAUCAACAAGAGAAGCAUGUAACUUUGAUGUUUAUAUUUCAUUAAUUGUUCAAAGGGUUUCUUCCAUUGAAAGAAAUAGAGAAGUUUUCUAUUUUGUUUUUCA